UUUUGCAAUCUCGUGGUGGCGUAUAUUUUGUGUGACUAUCCGCGCUGCUAGUGCGGGGUGCUGCAAUUUUAACGUUUUUUUCCAGCGUAAAUAUUAAGCCAAUGGGUCGGAGCAGAAGUCGAUCACCUGUAAGAAGAGAGAGGCGGCGAUCGCUCUCAAGGGAAAGAGACAGAAGAAGAGAAAGGCGACGAAGUCGUUCUCGAUCAAGGUCCCCAAGGCGUAGACGAAGAUCAAGAUCUCGCUCCCCAAGGAGACGAAGGUCUCGUUCCAGCAGCCCAAGAGGACACCGAAACCGGUCUCCAUCGCCGGGGUCCAGUAAGGAAGCGAUAACCCAGCCUAGCAGGCCUGUCAUUGACGAAUCCCAACUGGAAGGCAAAACAGAAGAGGAGAUUGAGAUGAUGAAAAUCAUGGGCUUUGCAGGUUUUGACACGACCAAGGGUAAACAUGUCCCAGGCUCCAAUAAUGCCUCCUUUGUAUCUAUUCAGCCCAAAAGAAAAUACAGGCAGUACAUGAACCGACGUGGUGGAUUCAACAGGCCUCUGGAUUUCAUUGCAUGACACCUGUCUGGUACCUGCUCCUUGAUCAUGUUGGAUAUCUCAAUCACGCUGGCUGAUUUCGGGCGGCUUGUUCUUGUAUUUUCACAAACACCUUGAUUUGUUGUUCGUGGGUCGGCCACCUGAACGCCGGGAACGCACAACCAGUUAUCGGCUGGUAGUUAGUGAGAAGCAACAUGCAACAUGGCGGUGUCCAUGUACGUCAUUUGAGAGUUAAUGUGUGGAUAGCUGGGCUGAAUUCUAAAUUUUUUAUUUAAACAGGAACAUCAUUUCUGUGCUGUGGAAAAUAAUUAAUGUUAAUUUUGCAAAACUUCCUAUU